AAGAGUCCAUUACGCUGGUCUCGUACACCACAUGGAAACCAUUAUGACCAUGUUCAUAGAGGAAAGUAAGGAAAUCAAUCCGGAGCUUGUAGACCUCCUAAUUACAAGUGCGAGACAGAGAAAAGAUAAUCAGACUGCUAUACCUCUUUGUUGGCAACUAGCGGAACAAGUAAUCAAGAACUGUGCUUAUAAGCUCAAGCCACAUCUCGUAGAAAUGGUACAAGAUAAGGUGGGUGAAGAAACUAUAACAUGUACAACUGAAGCAAAAGAGUUAAAGAAUGAAACAAAUCAUAAUUCACAAGUUGGGUGUGUAGAGGAAAGCAAAGUUUUGGUGAUGUCAAAAUGCGGCCACUCUGAAGAUGAAAAAAAUUAUGAAAAGAAAACCGUUUCGGUUUCUGACGAUCCACCAAAGUCUGUAACAGAGGUGAAGGAAAAACGCAAGAGAAGUAACAGUUCAUGGAAGAAACAGGCUCAAUCUAUUGAUCAUGGUGAAAAUUUGGCGGGGAGCAGAAUAAAAGUUUGGUGUCCUUUGCGUAAAAUUUAUGAGAAAGGAGUUGUUAAAUCAUUCGACUGUGGAUUAAAGAAGCACAAGGUAUUAUAUGAUGACGGUGAUGAAGAACUCGUUGACCUCAAGGGGGAACGAUGGAAGUUGUUUGAAAAUGUGUCUGCUAUACCUGAUUCUGUAGGAAAUGAUUCAUCUCAUGAAAGUGGUAUAAUUUGUCUCCAAGGCUACAAAGUGAAGCAGAGCUAUGCGCCAAUUCUUGAAGCCAUCUUCAACAAGCAGGGCGACAUUGCAGCCAACUGCGUAUUCAAAACAUCUUCUGCAAAAACAUAUUUCCUUGAGGUAGUUUGCGAAAUUGUCAGGCGGAUUCAAACCACUGAUAUGAUUGAGAUAGUGGAGGAUAUAGAGGGCCAAUUGUUGGAUGUAGAAGUUGCCAACAUUAACGUGUCAUGGAUUCGCGCACACAUUGAAGCUUUUCACAAAGGGAAUGAGGCCCGAAUGCUUAUGAAAACGAAGGCAAACCUCACAUUAGUUAAAAUACCAGCCCGAAGAGAUCUAGAAAUGAGAUAUGCGAAGUUUCUUGCUGCGCGUGAACGGUUUGAAAAAGCAGAUAAGUGCAUGCAAGUACUUCAUCUUGUUGAAAAGAAGCUAAAUGACAGCAUUUUGGAUACUAAGGAUGCAAAAGACUUGUAUGUUAAACAACCACUUUUAUAGCCUUACUAAGAAUAUGAAGUUUUAAACGCGCCCUGUUGCUUCUAUAAAUCUGGCUUUUUUGGAACACAAUGGUUAAUGUUUUGCAUAGCCUUUCAUGAGAGUACUUGGGAUUAGCUUUUUUGACAUAAA